UACUAUUUACAGCACACGCAUCUUUUGAAGCUGUCAGCUGUCUGGCUGAUCAAUAUGUUUCAAGCCUCACCAAAGGAAAGGAUGACUGACACCGCUGAAAGUGUCGAUCUACCCCUAGUGUAUGUCAGUAGAAAAGAAUCUUUCAGUGCAUCUCACAGACUUCAUAGUAAAUGUUUAUCUGAUGAAGAAAAUGAAGAAUUGUAUGGUAAAUGUAAUAAUCCAAAUGGCCAUGGCCACAAUUAUACUGUUGAGGUUAUUCUGAAAGGACCAGUAGAUCCAGUUACAGGGAUGGUAAUAAAUUUAGUACAACUGAAGGAACACAUGAAGGAAAGUAUCAUGGAUGUCUUGGACCAUAAAAAUAUUGACCUUGAUGUUCUAUAUUUCAAUGACAAAGUAAGUACAGCAGAAAAUAUUGCUAUAUUUAUCUGGGAACAGAUAGAUUGUAGACUCGAGACAGGAUUAUUAUACGAAGUCAAGCUACACGAGACAGAUAAGAAUACUGUUUGUUACCGAGGAGACAGAAGUUGAUCUUUAUGACAAAAAAAAUAUACUAUUACAUUUCCUUGUCGUUAUGUUUUUAAUGGGUUUUUUUGUACAUCAACGCUUUUUGUUAUGGUGUUAUAUUUUUUAGUGUGCAAUAUUUCUGAUGAAACACAUGUAUACAUUGUUUAUUUAAGUACAAUCACUUUUUACUUUUUUAUAUUAUCACUUGCCUUUUAUAAUUGAUAUUAUAUGGAAGAUCAGAUAAAGAGUUGACUGUUGUCGCUAUAAUAGUUAAAAAAUAGAUAACGUAAAUAGAAUAUGUUGAAAAUUUCAGUCAAAUUGUUCCCAAGAUAUUAGGCCUAGCCUCGGCCAUCAUUACUAAAGUCGGUACAAUAAAAAAAACAACACGGUUUCGUUUAUCCAUUUUUGGAUUUAAUCACCAAUGGGUCUUGAGCAGCAGAUCGGAUUCAAAUCCAGUGAAAAUCUGACACAUACGAUGACAUCGAGAGUUAAUUAUGGUUUGGAUACAUUAAUUAAUGUCUAUUUAAUUGGUUCAUAGCCUUAAAAAAGACUUGCAAUGGGCAGAUUUAGCUCUUGCAUAAUGUAUGUUUAAAUAAACUUGAUAUACAAUAAAAAUUAACAGCAGAAAAGAUUUAGAUAGAGAGAUGGUGUUUCUUGCUAUAAUAGUUUAAAAAUUUCAAUCAAAUUUAUUUAUUCUGAGCAAAGUUAUGAAUGAUUGAAGCUUUGACAAAAUUUAGCCUAAAUAGUCUUGAUUGUCUAGUACCAUGGCUACAAAAAUAAUAAACAAAGUUUCGAUUAAUCCAUUUUAACUUCAAAUUAAUUGUGGCAAGUCUGUUUUAAUCCAUUUAAUAUCUCAGACAUCCGAUGACCGAAAGCAGUGGUUCUCAACCUUGUUUUGCCAAUGGCACACCUUGGAACACAAGAAAAAAUAGCAUCACACCUGGCUAAAUAUAUAUGAAAAAUAUUUGAAUUUUGCAAUAUAAAAACAUGUAAGUCAAACAGAAUACAACCGUAGACGUAGACACAGACUAUAGACAUAGACACAUAGAAUGACUGAAACUAAAUAAAGAAAUACACAGAUAUGAACUUAUCAGUAGACACCUGUCAUUACUCAAUGGGAUCACUGUUUUUAGUGUGGCGUUCAAAAUGUUUGUGGUACACUUAGGUUGAUCUCGCGGCACACUGGUUGAGAAUAACUGAACUAGAGAGUUGAUUAUAGGCUUGUCAUAUUAAUAAAUGUCUAAGUAAAAAUUUAUAUAACAUUUGAAGCCAGAGAAAAGAUCUGGAAUAGACAGAUUUAGCGCUUACAUAAUGUAUCUUUAAUCAAUUAAAGGGUUUCCUGUGGCUGAAAAUAAUUGUCAAUGACCACAGCAGUCUACCAAGUCAAAUUAAUCAAAUUAAAGCAUAUGGCCACGCUAAAAAGAAAUAAAUGAAACAAGGUUUAAUGUUCUACCUUUCUUCCUGCGUGGUUUCCCCUUGUCAGUGGUGCAUGAUGGAGGGCCUGACAAAGACAGCUGUUUAGUCCUUUGGAUGGGACAAAAAACUGAGGUCGUGUGUACACAUUGGCGUGCCUGUAAAAGAUCACUUGGCAGAUGGAAUUCAAUAUAAGAGUAGGUCGUAGUGCCGCUGUCCAAGCAAAAUUUCCCUCAUAGCACACUGUGUGGUGUAUUCCCGUCUUUAUUAGCCCAGUCAGAGCAGAAGAGUAGGACGUUAAACCCCAUUUCUUUCUGCACCAACUGAGCUAAUGAAGACAGAUAUACACCAUGCAGUUUUCCAGGAAGGCCAUUUUGCCCCGGCAGUGGCAUUUCACUCUGCACAUCAUCAAAUUCCAACUGUCAUGGGUGUUCACAGGACCCGUUUUUCAUCCCAUCCAGAUGACUAGAUGCUGUUGCUUGCCAGGUUCUCUGACCCGGGAACUUUCUCUGCCAAAAGCAGGAUCGCCCCCAUGCCCUGCUCUUCCCACGCCACAAAGGCAAGUCUAAAUAUAACCGAAUCUGAGCGUGUGGUUACUUUGUGACCUUGACAACACAACGAACUGAAUCGCUCGAUUAAAAUUUUAAAAUGUAGAUGUACCAUCUUGGUAUUAGUUACAUUCCAAAUGAAGGGCCCCGGGGAAGAAAGAUCUAAGUUACUUUUCAACGAACCCCAGUUAAUGGUGCCAUCUGGUAGCAAAUUGUAUAAGCUUUCUGUGGAACAAUCAAUUUCAGGUAAAAAAGAUUGUAGUCACAUCAAACCAAGGCACUUGUGAAAUGGCCUUCCGGACAAAUGCGUCCACCGUACCCUUUAUUUGACCUUAAUUUGGCUGAAAAGUGGAAGUCAGUUGUUGUACUGGGAAUUAUGAUUCGUAUUAAACAUCAUUUUGAAGUUGUAAUUAAACCCAUUUGUUGUUCUGUUCGUGUCAGGCAUUCUCGACAAAAGUCUGUUUUGCCUUUUAUGCGAAAAGACAAAUAUGUAACUUAGAUUGUUCUUCCUCUGGACUCUUCAAAUAUUUUCAGUUAAUAAAAUGAAAUGUUGAUGGAAUAUUUUUCUUAUUUGAUGAUUACAUAUUUUUGACGUUGGCAUGUAUGUAUGUUCUAAUAAAUUAAUGUUCUAACAGAA